GAAAGGGAGGACCAACAAAAAUGGGCGAGGAGAACGAAAAAUGUUGGGUCGCACAUUGCGGCGUGCGCGGCGACUAUGCCGUAUCGGACACAGUGGGUUUCUCUGCAUCUCCGGCGGACGGCCACUCUUUCCCGUCGCGUCUACAAAAAAAAACCUUGAGCAUCGGAGCAUCAGAGCGAAGACUGCUCUUGAAAGAGGACUCAUGUUAGAAUAAAAACCGAACUGUUCAGUGCGUUAAAUCGCUUCACCUAAAAGACCGUAGGAUUGAGGACCCACCACACGAUUCGAGAAAGUGCUGUAGGUUGAUGUAAGUGCUUACGGGUGAAGUUCGUACGAAAUGGUUGACCUGGUUUAAAGCUGAUUCAUUUAGUCUACCCGUAUGACGCGGUAGGCAGCGAUGAAGACGCAUUGAAUGACUGAUGCUGAAAUCGAUCCUCGAUGUCGGAAAGGCUCAUACAAGCAAGAUACUCUCAUCGCCCGGAGAACUAUGGACGACUGGCAGGCCCUGGCACUUGAAUUGCAUGGUGAAACUGAAGAGGAACUCCGUAAUGCAAUCAAUGCAUUGAAGGAAAACAUCGCCGAAAAGGGCCUGAAAAAUAUCGUGUACGAGAAAGACGACGAUUUCCUAGCACGGUUCAUUCGCACAAGCAAGUAUGACGUUGCAAAAGCUUUUAGAAUGCUUAACGGUUACUACCUCAAUCGGGCCAGUUUGCCUCAUAAGGUUGCCCCACGGGGCAAAGGACCAAAAGACACCGAAUUCUAUGUGCCGCUGAAGAGUAUUAUGAUUCUGGAUCGAAAAAAUUGGGACGGUUCUUCCGUGCUUAUAUUUCGACAGGGUGACUGGGACAAGAUCAAUACAAAGGCUGUAUUAGCGGAUAUGCUCUUUUUUGGUUUCUAUGUUGUGGAAGCAGCUAUGCGAGAUCCAAUAGUCCAGCUUCAGGGCCUCACCGUUGUCUUUGAUUGUUCCGGCUUCGGUAUAAGACAUUUACCGUUCUGUGACAUGGCGGUGUUCAGGUAUCUGCUCAGUUGCGUCAAUGGCUCAUACCCUAUGCGACUUCGGGCAAUCCACGUGCUUUCAUGUCCCGCGGCGUUCAGAUUCGUGCUAAACCUCUUCAGGAAUUUCCUAACGCCCAAGAUGCGGGCGCGGUUACAUGUCCACUCCUCGAGUGCUAAUCUCGAUAAGUAUAUCGACGGUUCCAUUCUUCCCGAAGAAUAUUCAUCUACUUCGACUAGUGGCCCAUUUUCAAGUACGCGCAUCGCCAAUCCACUGAAGAGAUCUUCGCUGAAAUAUAGAGCUAUGGAUUAUCGAUGUAGCACACGGACGGUCUUUUAGGUAUAGUACAGUCUAUUUUAAAACGGCAUGUACUUUGCGGAUCUGUUGAUUGUUUCACGUUUUUUUUUUUUUGGCCACAGCUUCAUUUGGUAACCAAUCUAGAGAGCUAGCGAUGCUACAAGCUGGCCCGACAGUAAAUGGAACAAGUGUUCUUUUCUAAAAGUUCUACAUGUUUUUACUUGGUGUACAUGGCUUUUUUCUGGUUAUAAAAACAUUUCUAAAACCACAACCCCGGCUGUACGCGAAUGUGGAAAGCUUCAGGCAAAUAAACGACGUAGCCACUUUCUUUAGGUUGUAUUUGGGCUAGUCUGGCGUUUCGCUUACGCUUCAUAACAAAUGACCGACUCGAAAAUACUAAUCCACACAUGGUUUUCAGUGGUCCGCUUUUGACCAAGACGGAGUUAUGUUAAGGCGGUCGUCUGACAGCCUGAUCAUCGGACCCAAUACAAAUCUGGACUAGGAAGCUUGGACGAGCUUCUUUUCGACUAGAAAUGCUCAAUCAACCUUUCCGGGCUGAAUGAUGCGCUCAUGCUGUAGUGCUAGUGCAUUACGGCGACACCACAAUUGAUACCUCGAGCUUUAUGCUUGGUGCUCAAGCUGUUAAGUAUUGCUUCCGGUCGGUUCCAAAGUUAGACCACUUUAUAUAUAUGGUCCUACGCGUAUCAUUCCAUCGUAUAUGCAGUAAUAUUUCAUAUAGUUAUUACUGAACUAUGUAGUCAAUACCUACUAACACUUAACAAAGUGAAUAUACUCAUUUUCAUUAUUACUGAUUAAAAAAGAAGUUGAACAUGUACUUAUUCUUAUAAACGCGCACAGAGGUCCCGCUAACUUCGCAUAAACAUUCAUUCUCAAGAGAAAAAAUACAGCUGCUCUUGUAGAUUUUUCUGGAAGCAUAUUUUCCCAUUACAUAAACAAUAGGUACAAUUGAACUGCUACUACCAUAUAUGAGAGAUACAUAAGUUUCACACAUCGGCGACCGAAACGCUAUAAAAUGACCUAAAGGUCGAGAUACCUUCUAUGUGACGAAGAAAGAGAUUCGGUGAGUGAAAACAAGGUGAGAAGCCCGUUAAUAGGGCGACGCGCCUCAGCACUCAAGAAAAACAAAUCAAUUAAAUUCUGAUAGAACAGCUGAAACGAUAGGAACGUCGUUUAUUCAAGCAAAUUUUGUCGUACAUUAGUGGGGGCCAAGGGCCCACCCGCACAUAUAUAUAUAUAACUGCUUAUUAUUUUUUGCCCUUAUACAACUGUAAGUUUAUUUCGACUAGAAUCGUUUAUAUGCUUUAUUCAUAUAAUUUUCCAAAUAAAUGGUCUCAUUCCACGGUU